AUGCAAGAAGCACCUUACACGGGCAACGCCCAAUAUGGCGUCAACACUGGCGUCAACGCUACCCAAUACACUAACCCGCCCAACUACCGCCUCGACGACUUGUCGUCUGACGGCAAGAAGAGCGACCCUGAACUUGCGCCCGUUGACAAGACGGCCACUGUCCAGGAAGGAUCCGAAAAGUUCCACCGUCUCGGAUGGAAGCAGCUCACAAUCUGCCUCAUCGUCGAGGCCAUUGCGCUAGGCUCUCUCUCAAUUCCUAGCGCGUUUGCGACCCUGGGUAUGGUUCCCGGUACCAUCAUGUGCAUUGGUCUUGGUCUCGUCGCCAUCUACACCUCGUACGUUGUCGGUCAGGUCAAGAUGCGCUACCCGCAUGUUUCCCAUUACUCGGACGCUGUCGAACUCAUCUGGGGCAAAUUCGGAGCUGAACUCACCGGUGUCAUGUUUGCCCUGUUCUUGAUUCUCCUUGUUGGAUCUCACGCACUUACCGGAACCAUUGCCUUUAUCAACAUUAUCGGCAACUACGCUACCUGCGCGCUCGUCUGGGGUAUCAUCUCCAUGAUUAUCCUCUUGGUUCUCGCCCUCCCACCUACGUUCCACGACUUUGCCUGGUUGGGAUACAUUGAUUUCAUCAGUGUCAUUGCCGCCAUCUUGAUCACCAUCAUCGCAACUGGUAUCCAGGCACACGACGCCCCUGGUGGCCUUAGCGCAGUCAACUGGUCCGCAUGGCCCAAGCCUGACACGACCUUUUACCAGGCAUUCCUCGCAACCACAAACAUCAUCUUCGCCUACUCCUUUGCCGUGUGCCAAUUCUCCUUCAUGUCGGAGAUGCACACCCCUAAGGAUUACGUCAAGUCCAUCUGGGCUCUUGGUCUGAUUGAAAUCUUCAUCUACACCCUCACUGGAGCUCUCAUCUACGCCUUUGUCGGCCAGGAAGUCAAGUCGCCCGCUCUUCUCUCUGCCGGCCACACCGUUUCUCGUGUUGCCUUUGGUGUCGCCAUGCCCGUCAUCUUCAUCUCUGGAUCCAUCAACGGCACCGUAGUAUGCAGGUACAUUAUGGACCGCGUCUUCGCCAACUCGCCCAUUCGCUUUGUCAAGGACGUCCGCGGUUGGGGAGUUUGGAUUGGACUCAUCACUAUUACUACCGUCAUUGGAUGGAUCAUUGCCGAGGCCAUUCCCUUCUUCAACGCUCUUCUCGGCCUCAUCUCCUCGCUCUUCAUUUCGGGCUUCACCUUUUACUGGCCCGCUCUCUUUUGGUUCCAGCUCGUCAAGGAGGGCAAGUGGAACUCUUCCGCCAAAAACAUUACACUCAGCAUCGUCAACGCUAUCGUCUUCAUCAUCGGUCUGGUCGUCUUGGGCGCCGGAACAUACGCAUCGGUAGAGGACAUUAUUACCCAGUACAACUCUGGCGCUGUCAGGAGUCCGUUCACUUGCUCCGCAGAGUCAUAUGCGUAGAUGAAUAGAGUGGGUGUAAAAUUAUGAUAGACAUUACAAAACACUUGGGGUGAUGGCUAGGAGAAAAAUAGACUAGAGUGUACGAGAUGCUGGAAUGGUGAUUACGAGAAACAUGUAUAUAUCAAAGUCCUCAGUGAGGCACUUCUCUUACGAUUAUGAGUAGCAGUUGCAUAGCGUUGGCGACCAAUUCAUGACACUAUCUUCA